AACUUUACAAGUACACGGUAAGAGAGAUAAGACUUGUUUACGCUUAAAGGUUGAAUGGAUAGAAAGUUACUGCGACAGUGCAUCAGCAUCGUGUGCUUAGUUUAGUGGAAGGGAAAAGGGUCGAUGAAGAAGGGCAGGUGAGAAGGUGACAAUAGGCAGCAGUUGAACUACAAGAGCUGAUCGAGAUAAAUACGCAGCUGCUCCAGCUUGUGUGUUUGUGGAAUGCUGUCCUUUUGCUGGUAGAUAUAGCUGCGAUGGCUCAGCUUGAGUUUCUUCCAUUGGAGGACAAAAGGUGGUGUCAUCUAUUUCCUCCGCCCUUAUCAGUCCAGAGGUCAUGAGAGGAAACCUUAACCAAAAUAUAUGGUUCCAAAAGAAAACGUGCUUCUCUUUGUUGUUCUUGUUGGUUUUGUUGUGUAUACCUUCCACCACAUCUCUCUCUCUCUUUCUCCGUGAUUCCCAGUCUACAUCAUCUCUCUUAUAAUCUUUGUUCUAUACUCUCUCUCUCUCUUGUAUAGGUGAAACUGUGUCGUACGUUCUUCUAUAUUGUCGAGCUUCGUAGUUCUUCUUGUUGUUAGUUGGAGCCGCAGACAAAAACAGGGAUCGUUGCGUGGAUUUAUAUUGGAUAUUGCGGAGAGAGAGAGAGAGAGAGAGGAAGCGAUGAGGACGGAGGUGGCAACGAUGCAGCAGAUGCUGACGCCGGAGGCGGCAGCGGUUUUGGUGCGGUCUAUUGAGGAAGCGGACCGGCGUCGUCACGGCCAGACGACGCCGCUCCACGUGGCCGCCAACCUCCUGGCGGCGCCCUCGGGGCUCCUCCGCCGCGCUUGCACUGUUUCCCACCCGCUCCUCGCUUCCUCCUCCCACCCCCUCCACUGCCGCGCCCUCGACCUCUGCUUCUCCGUCGCGCUCGAUCGCCUCCCGGCCAGUGCAACCGGCUCCGACGCCGAGCAGCCGCCGCUCUCCAAUGCGCUCGUCGCCGCCGUGAAGCGCGCCCAGGCGCACCAGCGCCGCGGCUGCCUCGACCAGCAGCAGCCCCCGCUGCUCGCCAUCAGAGUCGAGCUCGGCCACCUCGUCGUCUCGAUUCUUGAUGAUCCCUCCGUCAGCCGCGUGAUGCGCGAGGCCGGCUUCUCAAGCCCCGCCGUGAAAACCGCCAUCGAGCAGUCACUCUCCUCCAAUUCUGCCACAGUCGCCAAUUCGCCGAGCCAUCCGGUCACGAGGAACGUGUACCUUAGUCCUCUGUUGCAGCAGCAGGAGAGAGGCGGGCAGGACGCGAGCAAGAGGGAGGAUGGCAUGAAGGUGCUGGAGAUAAUGACGAGGCCGAAGAAGAGGAAUCCGGUGCUUGUCGGAGACUCCGACGCGGCGUCGGUUAUGGAGGAGGUGCUGCUGACGAUCGAAAAGGAGCAGCUUGGGAUCGACACUCCGGCAUCACUACGUUCGGCACAGGUGGUGUCCUUGGAGAAGGAAUUCAUGUUUUUGGAGCGAAGCCUGAUACCCGUGAAGAUCAACGAAUUAUAUGGCUUUCUGGAACCCAAGAUUCGUGAUUGCUCCAUCAGUGGCGGCGUGGGAGGUCUAAUUCUUGAUCUGGGGGACUUGAAGUGGCUCGUGGAGAACCCAGGCGGACAUGGAGCGAGCCCAGUUCAGCAACAGCAGCAGACAGGCCGUGCGGUGGUCACGGAGAUGGGGCGACUGUUGGCCAGGCUGCGAGAAGACGACGGAGCCGGAAGCAGAGUUUGGGUGGUCGGAACGGCGACAUGCGCCACGUACCUGAGAUGCCAGGUCUACCACCCGACGAUGGAGGUAGACUGGGACCUCCAAGCUCUGCCCAUCGCGCCGAGGUCGCCCCCGCUCGCUGGCCUGUUCCCGAGGCCCGGGGGCAAUAGUGGAAGCCUAAGCAACUCGGCCACAGUCGUUGCACAGCCAAAACUGUCACCGGCCUCUGGUGCCGCUGCCAUCGGACUGAGUCGAGCUUUGGAGAACACCAAGUGUUGGCAGCCGAUAGCUUUGUGCCAUCUUUGCAUGCAGGGCUAUCAGCUUGAGCUGGCUAAGACCGUAUCAGAAGAAUCUGAGAGCCAUUCUUCGGAGCCCAGAGAGGAUACGAAGGGAACUCUGCCUCGGUGGUUGCAGAAUGCAGUUCCCAGCAGGAAACCAGCGUCUGAUCACCUUCAGAGGAAUGAGCAAGAGCUUCUUCAGAAGCAAAAGGUUGAGGAAUUGCUGGGGAAAUGGCGAGGCAGAUGCACUCGCCUGCACCUAACUCGCUCCCCUCGUCCACAGCAGUUUCUUGAACCGAGAUUACUAGCAGUCUCAGGAACCAUUUCGCCGACUCAAGGUAGCAGUGAUCACAGUCUGAAGCUGAACUCGGUGGAGCACCAAACCAACCCACCAGUGAAGACCGACCUUGUUCUGGGGCUUUCGCAGCCUCUCGAUACCCCAUCGCAGAAGCCCCGUAGCGAGUGCAUCGAAGACUCAUCGAGACAACGCAAUACAAUCACAGGUGUCUCAGAUGUUGUUGCUUUCCAGAGGCUCCGUAGUGGCCUAACCGAAGCCGUCAGUUGGCAGCCGGAGGCUGCCUCUGCCAUUGCCACUGCAGUGACGCGACGGGUGUCCGGGAACCGAGGACUGCGCAGCGCUGGGGCGAAGGCUGGCUCAUGGCUGCUCUUCACAGGACCCGAUAAGGUUGGAAAGUGGAAGAUGGCCUCUGCCUUAUCGGAGCUUGUUUUCAACACUGCACCGAUCAGAAUCCACCUCGGUGACGACGGGGAAUCGGAUGUGAGCUUUCGUGGUAAGACUUCGCUUGACCGAGUUGCUGAAGCCAUCCAGCAGAACCCUUUCUCCUUAAUCGUGCUCGAAGACGUCGAUCAUGCCAACACUCUGGUUAGGAGGGCUAUCAAGCGUGCUAUUGAAACCGGCCGGCUUGUGGAUUCUCGCCGACAGGAGGUCGGUCUCGGGAGCAUCAUCUUCAUCCUCAUUUCAGAUUGGUGGCCUGACGAUCUCAGGAACUCAGAGAACUGCCAUGGUGCUAAAUCCAGGUGGCAAUUGGAGCUCUCCUUCGGGGAAAAGAGCAGGAAGCAUCGUGCAGAUUGGACGUCGAAGAAUGAUCAGCCGAUGAAACAGAGAAAGCAGUCCUACCUUUCUCUCGACUUGAAUCUGGCUGUCAGCAGAGAUGAAGACGAUGAUGAUGCCGAAGAAGGUUCAUGGAAUUCCAGUGACCUCACAAUGGAGCACGACCGCAAGUUUGGGCAGCUCGCCGUCGACCCCCCGACAUCAUCAUACGCUUCUGAGCUAAUAGAUCUAUUGAGCGAAGCAAUUGUGUUUAAGCCCGUAGAUCUUAGCACGAUAAGGAAGACAGUGUCGGAUUCCAUUUCAUCGAGAUUUAUGAGAACAAUGGGCAACCUGCAACCCUUGGAGAUAGACGAAGAUGCACUGGAUCGAAUAGCUGGCGGAGUUUGGCAGAGCGGAGCCACCAAUGUAUUCGACGAAUGGUUCGACAGGGUAUUGGUUCCCAGCAUCAAUCGGAUGCGGAGCAAUUCGGAUGUCAGCGACAGAACUAUCAUAAGGUUAACGUCGGUGAAGGGCGGCUGCGCUGGGAAUUCGCUGCCGAGCUCAGUUAGCAUCGCCAUAGAUGGAGCUUGAAGGGCACGACGAUGCGCAUAUGGAGCAUGUUAGGAACUAACUAUUCAUACUGGGAGAUGGAAGCCUUUGAUGAAACUAUGUUCUGUAAACGUAUCUAUCUAAUUCUUCACUAAUCUUUUGUCCUCCUAUAAAUGGCACACUUCCACGUUCCAUAA